GCGGUGGUUGGCGCGGGGAGGGCGGUGUGGGGCGCGCUCUCCCGGGGUCGAGCUUCCUCCCCUGUCUGUGGCCGCGACACCAGUGACAGGGAACGGACGGAGGGUGUUGCCAUGGUGAUGGUGAUGGAGGACAGCAUGGUGCGGGUGGUGGUGCGGGUGCGGCCCCCCACCCAACGGGAGUUGGAGAGUCAACGGCGGCCUGUAGUUCAGGUGGUGGACGAGAAGGUGCUGGUGUUUGACCCUGAGGAGCCUGAUGGGGGGUUCCUUGGUAUGAAAUGGGGCAGCACCCAUGAUGGCCCCAAGAAGAAAGGCAAAGACCUGACAUUUGUCUUUGACCGGGUGUUUGGUGAGGCGGCUACCCAACAAGACGUGUUCCAGCACACCACCCACAGCAUCCUGGACAGCUUCCUCCAGGGUUACAACUGCUCAGUGUUUGCCUAUGGAGCCACUGGAGCGGGGAAGACUCACACCAUGCUAGGAAGAGAGGAGGACCCGGGCAUCAUGUACCUCACCACCAUGGAACUAUACAAGCGUCUGGAGGCCCACCAGGAAGAGAAGCAAUUUGAAGUGCUCAUCAGCUACCAGGAGGUGUACAAUGAGCAGAUUCAUGACCUCCUGGAGCCCAAGGGGCCUCUGGCCAUCCGUGAGGACCCUGACAAGGGGGUGGUAGUACAAGGACUUUCUUUCCACCAGCCAGCCUCAGCUGAACAGCUGCUGGAGAUGCUGACCAGGGGCAACCAGAACCGCACACAGCAUCCCACAGAUGCCAAUGCUACAUCAUCCCGCUCCCAUGCCAUCUUCCAGAUAUUUGUGAAGCAGCAGGACCGGGUCACAGGUCUGACCCAGGCCCUUCGAGUGGCCAAGAUGAGCCUGAUUGACCUGGCAGGCUCAGAACGGGCAUCCAGUACCCACGCCAAGGGGGAGCGCCUGCGGGAGGGUGCCAACAUCAACCGCUCUCUACUGGCCCUCAUCAAUGUCCUCAACGCCCUGGCCGAUGCAAAGGGCCGCAAGUCUCAUGUGCCCUACCGGGACAGCAAGCUGACCCGCCUGCUCAAGGACUCCAUUGGGGGCAAUUGCCGCACGGUGAUGAUUGCAGCUGUCAGCCCUUCCAGCCUCACCUACGAGGACACUUACAAUACCCUUAAAUAUGCUGACCGGGCCAAGGAGAUCAAGCUCUCGCUGAAAAGCAACGUGAUCAGCCUGGACUGUCACAUCAGCCAGUAUGCCACCAUCUGCCAGCAGCUGCAGGCUGAGGUGGUUGCCCUAAGGGAGAAACUCCGAGGAUAUGAGGCAGGUGCUUCAACCACUCAACAGGACUUUCCACAGCCCCCCAAACCAGGCCCUCCACAACAGUGCCUUCCUAGUUCUCCCUCAUCACUCCACCUUCCCAGCCAGUCCUGCACUCCAGAAUGUCACCAAGUAUCCACAGUCCUUCAAGAGGAGUUUGUGGAGACCAAGGCCCAGGACAAGAAAGUUGAGGAGGUCCCAGUUCAGGUGCCAGAGCUGACUUCCCAGUACUCACUGCCAGGCCCCCCUGGGUUGAGCAUGCUGCCCAAAGAAGCUAUGGGCUGUCUGUGUCCACAGCAUCCGGACAGGCACCAUUCUAAGCAGUUGGCUCUGAGGGUACUGUCCCUCGCCCAGCAGCAGUACUCUCUGCUCCAAGCAGCCAACCUCCUAACCCCCGACAUGACUGCAGAGUUUGAGAUGCUGAAGCACUUGGUGCAAGAGGAACAAACCGAGCCUGGAGCCAAGGGUUCAGGGGCACCUGACCCAGCCAAAUGGGCACCUCCAGCUCAGGAACUACAUUCACAGUCCAGGUCUCCAGGAUACUCCGGCCCUGUGACCCGCACCAUGGCAAAGCAACUGAGUGGCCUCUUGCACACUCUAGGGGUACCAGCUGAGUGUGACACUAGCCCAGCCCAGGAAUCCCACCAGCCCAAAAGGAAGAAGAGAAGGAGAGGACCAAGCCCCUUAGAGUCAAACACCCCUCCAUCCCCCAAGCGGAGGACUAAGUACCAGCGCCAGUCCUUCCUACCCUGCUUGAGGAGAGGAUCCCUUCCUGAGGCUCAAUACCCAUUCAGACCCACCACUCCCAAAGAGGGAAAGGCCUCCUUCUCCUGCCAGUCCCCUCGGUUCUGCCCAGUCACAGUCAUCAAAAGCCGGGUGCCCCUGGGCCCUUCUGCUAUGCAAAACUGCUCUACUCCAUUGGCCUUGCCUGCCCGGGACCUCAACACCACCUUUGACCUCUCCGAGGAGCCUGUCUCAAAGCUGGAUUUCCACGAGUGCAGUGGGUGGGAGAAUGUCUCCCAGCAACUGAACAAGUUGGAUCAGCCCUUCAUCCCCAGCGAGCCCAUGCCCUUGUUCACCAUGAAGGACCCCAAGCCAGCAUCUUCCUUCCCUGGAAGCUCAGCCCGCAAGAAGAGGUGUGUUGUGAGCAGAACCCCACUAGAGUCCCUACUGCCUGGGCAACCUGAGGAGCCAGAAGGAGCCAGUGGGGACCUGAGGAGCACUGUCAGCUGGGAACUGCAUCACCAAGGUGUUCUUAUUACCCAGCCCCGAUUGGCUGACUCCUCUGGAAUCCUGGAGUCCCUGCCACAGGAGUUUUGACCUGCUUUCCUGAACAGAGCAAUUAAUGUCCACACCCACUCUCUUUAUUAUCACCCCCAUCUGCUCUUUAUAAUCUCUCUACUUGUUUCUCAGCCUGUCUGUACUGAUUGGUGAGAGGUAAUGGCUUACUGUUGUAAAGGGUACUUAACUAUUCUUUACUCAGUGGAGGGUGGGAUGGGAUGUGGUAAGCGAGUCCCAGCUCUUUCUGGUUUGGGGCAGAAAGAUAUCUUCAAUCUCUGGUCACAGAUCCUAUUGAUGCUGCAGAUGAUGUUAGUGCCUUGAUUUCUUAGUGAAGGUAGCUUUUUUUUUUCUUUUUUAAUUCUAUUUUAAACAGGAUACACACUCAUAAAAUUAUAAGGAAGAAAGUUGUUUUGUUGUUUGGUUCAUUUUGCCUUUUUGUUUUGCCACUACUCAGCUCUGGCUUCUGGUGGUACAGGGGAUUGAACCUGGGACCUUGGAACCUCAGGCAUGAAAGUUUUUUGCAUAACCAUUAUGCACCCUAGAAAGAUUCCUUUUUAAUGCUAGCACCUAGCUAUAAGAACUAAUAAUACGGGAGUCAGGCGGUAGUGCAGCAGGUUAAGUGCAUAUGGCGCAAAGCACAAGGACUGGCGGAAGGAUCCCCGUUCGAGCCCCUGGCUCCCCACCUGCAGGGGAGUCGCUUCAUAGGCGGUGAAGCAGGUCUGCAGAUGUCUAUCUUUCUCUCACCCUCUGUCUUCCCCUCCUCUCUCCAUUUCUCUCUGUCAACAACGACGACAACAAUAAUAA